CUUAUCAACAGACUAAUGCUAUAAACAAAUGAAGGGGCGCAAGCGGGGGAGGGCCCCCCCUCGGCCCAGCCACGUGGAAGGGCUGCAGCCUUCGCAGGGAAACGUUAAUUAAUGUGGGUGGGCUGCGGCGCGCUCCGCGGCUGUUUAUCGCAGCCCGUUUCUUUUCCAGCCCUAAGUCAACACAGCAUCGCAAACUUACAACAAGCAUCGCACGUUUCCUCCCCCCCUUCCUCCUCCUCUUCUUCUUCUUCUUCUUCCUCCUCUUUUUUUCUCCUUCGUUUUUUUUCUUUUCCCUCCCCACUUCUGGGGGAGAAAAAAGCGCGCUAUGCAGCUGGGGCAGAAGGAGAGCAGGCGCGCCAGAGGCCAGGACGCGCCGUCGCCAGCGGGCCCAGCGCAGGCAGCUCCGGCCAGGCCUGGGGAGAUCCCCCCCUUUCCCGGGCCCUCGCUCCCGCGCGCCGGAGUGACUCCGGAUCUGCCAUGAGCCAGCUUUACCCCGGCCAGCUGCCCGCCCCGAUGGUUUACCUCUACGGGGCGGAGCGGGGAGCCUUGUCGGGCGCGCUGGGCUUCGCCCCGGCGGCGGGGGUGCUGCCCAGGCAAGAGACCCCGCAGAAGCCGCCCUACAGCUACAUCGCCCUGAUCGCCAUGGCCAUCCAGCAGGCGCCGGAGCAGAAGGUGACGCUCAACGGCAUCUACCAGUUCAUCAUGGGGCGCUUCCCCUUCUACCACGACAACAAGCAGGGCUGGCAGAACUCCAUCCGCCACAACCUCGCGCUCAACGAGUGCUUCGUCAAGGUGCCCCGGGAGAAGGGCCGCCCGGGCAAGGGCAGCUACUGGACGCUGGAUCCCCGCUGCAGCGACAUGUUCGAGCACGGCAAUUACCGGCGGAGGAAGAGGAAAGUCCGCGGCGACCCCCAGGCAGCGGAGGAGGCCGGGCUCGACCGGCAGGGCGCCCCCGGGGAAGCCCCCAAGAGGCGCCUCUCGAACCCCCCCGGCGGGCAGCAGCAGCGCCCCCGCCUCCCCCUCCAGCCCGGCGCAGAGGAGGAGCUGAAGCCGAGCCCCGGCGGCCGGGAGCAGCAGGAGGAGGAGGAGGAGGAGGAAGAGGAGGAAGGCGGCGAGGAGAGCCGGCUGGCGGCCACGACGGCCGGAGGGCCAGCCCCCAAGCCGGGCCCGGCCGAACCGCCCCUCCGGGGGUCCCCAGCUGGCCUCUCCCCGCCGCGCCCCGAGGACCGAGCGCCCAGCCUUGGAGAAGGUCCCGCCGCGCGCUUCUGGGCGCCCUCGGCCGCCAGGCUUCUCCAGCACCCCGAGGCGGCCCCGCGGGCUGCGGCGCUGGCUGCCCACCGGGCCGAGCCGCUCAGACCCCCGCGGGGCUCGGCCAAGCCCCGCAGCUUCAGCAUCGAGAGCAUCUUGGCGCGGAAGGUCCUGGCGGCGCCGGCCAAAGGCGAGCCCAGCGCGGCCCUCUCCAAACUGGACCAGCGGGUGGGCAGCGGCGCGCCUGGCGAGGGCAGCGCAGCGCGCCCGGCUUUCAACGCCUCGCUGGGGCUGGAUUCCCACUUCCCCGGCCGGUUCUACCAGCUGGGCAUCCCCUUCCUUUCCUACCUGCCGCUCCGCUUCUCGGAGACGGUCUUCCCCUUCUAGAGCGCUGCAGCCCCGGGCGCGCUACGCCUCGGUCGCGCAAGACACCCGGCUCGCCUAGCGAAGGUCCGUCUGCCCGGGAGUCGGCUGGAAGUGGUGGGGUUCCCACGUGCAAGCCCAACCCGUCACUGCCCAAGUCCCCCCCCCCCCCGCUUGAUCUUCGAGACUUGAAGCACCGUCCAAUCGGCCCUGAAUUUCGCAGGGACUCUGCUUGGGGUCGAAGGAGGCGACCAAAGGCGUGCUCAACGGCUUUGCGGAUCGCGCCGCCAAAUCAGCCGCUUCCAGGCUUCUGGCUUUGCCGCCCGAGAAUUUCUGGGGUUGUAAGCCCGGCCUCUGCCCGCUCGCCUCGAAACGUCCUUCCGAGUACAGUCAACCUACUUAAAUCAUGGGAACCUGGGUAUAUAUAUGCGUGGGUAUAUAUAUAAAAAGCGGCUCGGAAAUGGGAUCCCACGGGAAGACAGUUUCCACGAGUAAACUAUCACCUGUGGGAGAACGAUCCCGAAUUUUCUAGGACGUUUGGAGUAGCUGCAGCUUUUCGCCGUCCUGUCUAUGCAUUGCUUUUUUAUUUUUGCGUGCGGCCCCUGACAUCUAGAACGGGCCCGACUGGAUGAACUCUGGAAUAAAAAAAAAAAAACAGCGCUUUAAUGGUACGGCUCUGGAAAGGAGGGCGGUUGGUUUGCAAUGGAAACCUUUUACAGAUGUGGAAGAAGUUCCGAUUUUACAUAUAGCACACAUCAGGAGGAAGAACAUUUUUUCUUCUGCAGAAGCUCAAGUUUUGGGACUCCUGGGGGUGAAAUUUCACACCGUUUCUCCCCUCCCCCCAACAGCUUUUGAUUUGCAAUCCGGAUCAACAAUGUGCUUUUGCUCAGAGAGAAAACAUCUGCCCCCCCACACACGUGCAUUUUUGCAAAAGCUGGCUCUGCUCUUUAUUAUGUCCCUCCUGGCUUAUGUCCCUUGUUAUACCCAUUAAUUAAGCCACUGACCACAUUAAUGGACUUGAAAUUUGGAGGGUAGCUUUACAAUAAUAGCAAGCCAUGCUCUUUUUAAUAUAUAUAUAUAUUAUCUUAACAUACCUUAAAAAGCAAUAUCUUAUUUUUGCUCUAAAAAGAGGCUUUUUUUUGUAUAUGAGUUGAUCUA